AUGACCCCCGAACUGCACCCGGACCAACUGCUGCUGGACAGAGCGCAUCGUCUCAGGAGACCUAGCCAUCUACCCAAUACGGCAGCGAGAGUACACUUCUCCCAUGCCAAAGAAAGAAUUAUCAAGGCAAGCAGAAAUAGAGGGAUGCCAGAGAAAUUCUCCAACAUCAAAAUCUUCUCCGACCUCUCGGCAGAGACCUUACAAUACUGCAAAUCUGCGGCACAAAUCACGCUAUCACUGCGCAAUCAAGGAGUAAACUGCAGGUGGGGAUAUCCAGCCAAGCUGCUAAUUUACCACGAAGACUCCCUCCACUCCAUCGCAUCAGCGUCGCAAG